AUGUCUCAAUGUGAAAGAGAAAAAUUAUUUGUACAGAAUUUCUCUUCUACUCAGUCAACAAAUCCUCUAUUUUAUGCAUUCACUAGUCAGGCUGCAGAAAAUGCAGUACAUUUUGCAGCGAAUAUUAAUGACGAUAAUCAUUCUUUAUUUCUAAAAAUACUAUUGAUUGAUAGAGACGAAAACAUGUCAACAGGUAUAAUUUCAUCAAAUUUACUGCAUCAAAUAUGUGGACCAUAUCCAACAUUUUCUGAAUUGUAUGAUGGUCAGUUCGAUUAUGUUGUACAUAGUUAUCUUUUACCCAUACUAAUGAUUUUUGUCCUGAUCACUAAUUUCUUUGUAUGUUUAGUACUUAGUAAACCACAUAUGAGAUCACCUGUAUUUUUCUUAUUAUUUCUAAUUGGUAUUGUGGAGCUAAUAAAUUGUUGUCUACCAUUACCAAUGUAUUUUGCUCAAAGUGUCUACAAACGAACUGCAUGGUGGACUGAUUUACCUAUUAGAAAUUUUACAAAUGCUGAAAAUUUACUCAUCAACACAAGCUGGAAAUUAGCUCCAAGUGAUUAUUAUCAAACUAGUGAUAAUGUGAUUGCUAGUGAAGCGUCAGCUUGGACAACUGUAAUUCUUCCAACAGUCACUCAUACAAUAUCAGUGUGGUUAACAGUAGCUUUGGCAUUACAGCGUGUAUUAAACUUGACCGAAUUUAAUUUAGCAUCAAAACUAUGUAGUUUGAAUUCUACAAUAAGAAUUUUUGUGAUCAUAUCAUGUAUGGCUAUUGCUUUACACUGGCCUUUAUUAUCUUCAAGAUUCAUAUUAUUUCAACCAGUCCAGUUGAAAUCACCGAUACAUGAUGAAAAUUUUUUACAUGUUUAUAAAACAGCCGAUUCUAUUCACUGUCUAUCAGACAUUACAGAUAGUUUACCCAGAAUUGUCAUGAAAUGUCAUUUACUUCAACCAGUAUACAUGAUAUUUUACUUCUAUGCACGGAUUGUAUUAAUUCAUAUUUUACCAUGUGGAUUACUUGUCACAUUGACUGUAAUACUUGUUUUAAAAAUGCAUAAUAUCAUGAAAUUGAGAGCACGUCUUGGUUUAUUGCAUACAAAUAGUACUUAUUAUUCGAACUAUUGUAAAAGUAAACUUUUGUGUUGUGUUUGUAAAAAGUUGAAUUCAACGAAAACAUCCAAGAGUCAUAUCACCACUGCUCAUUAUGCUAAUAACAAUAAUAAUAAUAAUAUUAUAUGUACAUCAAGUUCCAAGAAAUCUCCAAUCAAUCCACAAGCGAUAUCUCGUAUGCUUAUUGUAGUUCUAAUAAAAUUUAUUGCAAUGCAUUUACCAAACGCAAUUGUCCUAACAAUAUAUAUUGUAAGAAAAAUGUCUAAAGUGGAGAAUUCCAUACAAAAUCUCAAUGAAGGAACAUUGGUCACGACAACGUCAGGCGAAAUAAUUCAAGAAUUGGACAACCAACAAAUUCUUUUCCCACUAACAGAUAAUUAUACAAUAAACAAAACAGACAGUAAUCAUCAACAUAGACAACUAAAUGUAAUUGAUCGUGAUUUUACUGAUGAAUAUUUAACCAAAGCGGUAAUAUUAUGCAAUCUUGUCAUACUUGUAUCAUAUCAAUUAAAUUUUGCCAUCUAUUACUUGAUGUCUACACAAUUUAAAGAAACAUUCAACAGUUUAUGCUUUAUUAAACGGUUUACUUUGAACAGAAAUUGA